ACAAGGUUGUAUUACAAAUAUCCUAUGAGCGGUUACACGACUGAUAACCAACAGUAAUUUCCUAACUUGGACAGAAAUAUCCGUGUCACCAACAGUUCGUGAUCGCUUAACGAACAAUACGACAUCACGUGACCAAAACAUCACGAGACGAAGGGUAUCGUCUGCAAUAAGCGAAGCAUGCAAUAACUCGGCUAGAGAUACAAAGGUUCAGGGUAUACUUUCCCAGCGUCCGGGACACAAACAGCUGUCAUGGCGGUAUCCGGGGUAUUGGCAGCCCUCCUCCUCUGUUUAACGGGUACUUGGGGUCGCUACGACCCAACAUGGCCGUCGCUCGACACACGGCCCCUCCCAGGAUGGUAUGACGAAGCCAAACUGGGUAUUUUUAUCCACUGGGGGAUAUUCUCUGUGCCCAGCUACAACAACGAGUGGUUCUGGUAUCAGUGGAAGGGGUCAAAGGUGAAGAAUGUAGUUCAGUAUAUGGACGAUAAUUUUCGACCUGAUUUCACGUAUGCUGAUUUUGCUCCGGGAUUUACAACCGAGUUUUUCGAUCCUGCAGAGUGGGCUGACAUUAUUCAAGCUUCUGGGGCGAAAUACGUUGUGCUGACCAGCAAGCACCAUGAAGGUUUCACCAACUGGCCAUCCAAGUACUCCUUCAACUGGAACUCCAUGGACAACGGCCCAAACAGGGAUCUCGUGGGUGAGCUCGGUGCUGCAAUACGCAACAACACCACUGUACGUUUCGGUCUCUACCAUUCCUUGUUCGAGUGGUUCCACCCCCUUUUUCUCAGCGACAAGGCCUCCAGGUUCAAGACCAACAAGUUCGUGGCUAGUAAGACGAUGCCAGAGCUGUUUGAGAUAGUCCAGAGGUACAAGCCGGAGGUUGUGUGGUCCGACGGUGACUGGGAGGCUCCCGAUUCAUACUGGAACUCCACGCACUUCCUGGCCUGGCUGUACAACGACAGUCCGGUCAAGGACACUGUGGUGACCAACGACAGAUGGGGAGCAGGGAUCAAGUGUAAACAUGGCGACUUCUACACCUGUCGUGACCGCUACAACCCAGGCAAGCUCCAGAACCACAAGUUUGAGAACGCCAUGACCAUAGACGCCAGGUCUUGGGGGUUCCGGCGCGAGGCGAAGCUCAGUGACUAUCUGUCCAUUCAGAAACUGUUACAGACGCUUGUGGAAACUGUCAGUUGUGGCGGGAACAUGCUGAUGAAUGUGGGACCCACGAAGUACGGGAAGAUAGCUCCAAUCUUUGAGGAACGACUGCGGCAAAUGGGUGAAUGGUUGAAACUGAACGGUAACGCCAUCUACGCCACCAGACCCUGGACGCAUCAGAACGACACCGUCAACAAAUAUAUAUGGUACACAAGCAGCAAAAGCGCCACUGGCUUGGACGUUUUCGCCAUCUACAUCCGCGACAUCACCACUGCCAACAUCACCCUAGGGGCACCCAUCCCCACCGCACAGACUCAGGUCCUACUGAUGGGGAAUAACAAAUUACUGUCCUGGACCCAUGGGGCUACUGGCGGGAUGGUUAUCAACAUUUCCGAUAUCCCUUUCUACGAGGUCAAGAGUCAGUGGGCAUACGCCUUUAGACUCACUCAUCUUGAAAACUGAUUAUGUGGAGUGUGUCGUCAGUUGACCUCUCCUCGUUACGAACUGACCAUUUGGACUUUUGCGGGGGCUAAAGGAAGUUGGAAUUUUAUGAAAUUAAAUUAUAUCAGAAGAUGUUCGGAGGUCAUGCCAUACAUCCUGAAAAAAAAAUUAUUUUAUAAAAAAUAAAAUAUUUCUACUUCUU